CAUUGGAUAAAAAUAUUGUUCCUAUUGUAACCUGGUUACAAAAUUGCCACCCAGGGAAUUCUUGCCAUAUCUAUUCCGUAUUGAUUAAAGUUCAUGCCGUUCAUGAAUUUUAAUUCAUAACCUGAGUAAACACGUUUCUGAGUCAAAUUUAUGUCUUUUUGUUAUGUUAGUGGUAAAUUACACACAUAUAACCUAGUGAUCCUUAUCAAAUUUUGAGUAGUAUACUUUAAAGGUAGGUGUGUCAUUUAUUUAUUUAACCCAAGUGAUUAAAAUGAGAAAAUCGCAGUUUAUCAUUAAGGUCACCGGAACUGGUCAGUCGACGAUACUAUAUAGAAAUAUAUCAUGAUCAACAUCUAUAUAUUUGUUCUUGAUUACGAGAUAAUUUUCUCGUAAAAUUUUACGAGAUCUUACGAAAUAGUUGAAAUGAAUCUUAUUUUUAGCUACUAAUAGGCUUCCGUACUUUCGUACAUUUCAGCUGUUUUGAAAACAAAAUAAAAGAUGACGAACUGAUAUAAAAAUUGUGAUCGAAUUGGAAAUUUCUUGCUAUAUUUUUACUGCACGUUAUGCAGUUUUUUUAAGAUAUUUCAUCUUUUUUUCUUUUUUCUUUUCCCUUUUUUUCUGCGAAGUGACCGGAUCCUAAUAUGACGCAUGCGCGAAUUGCUCACAACUUGGGUAUCACCCAGAGAAGUCAGCAUUGACGUAAUUUUACAAAUAUUUUGGAUUUUUUGAGCAACAAUGACAUCACUUUUGAUUCCCAGAUGAUGAAGCGUAUCACGUUUAAAAGCGUGAAGCUCUCGUUACACCGCCGCAGGCGAAGUCCAACCGAUGACGGACCAAUUGUAGGGGAUGGUGAAUCAACCUCAGAAUCACACAGCCCAAGUCUCCCAGAUUCCACCCCCGAGGUAAGGAAGAAAGAGAAGAUUGGGUUGUUAAAGAGCUUCAAGCGCCGUCUCACUACCAAUCUCCGUCGAAAAAGUGACGACGGCCAUGAGAGUGACCACAUCGAAGACCAUUAUAUGACCGUGCCUUCAAAACGUGACUCCAAAAAACACAAGAACAAGUGGAAGCCCCCUGAUCACUCCUCCAAGUCAAACUCAUCGUCUCAUAGCUGUGAUAGCUUAGAUCUGAAUAUUACCUCAAACAGUUUUCAGAAACUGUGUGAUAUACAGACUAACACUGAUGCGUAUGAUAUAAAUGUGAAAAAAGACAAAGCAAGCUGCAAGACGAAAGAUAUGGCUCGCUUUCAAGUGACAGAAAAAUGUAAAAGUGACCAGCUACCGAAGGAGUGUGUUGUUAAAAAUGUUAAUGUGAAAGAGGGUAAUAUAUGUGUGGAUAAAAUGUCUCUUCCUUACCUGGAAACCAGGACUGAGGUGACAAGGGCAUCAACCUUUACUGAUUGUGAUGAAGAACGGGAGGCUCCUAAAGUGUGGAAUUUGACACAAGAGUUAUUUCGACUCUCAAAGUUUGGGUGGUACUGGGGCCCUAUUACACGUGUGGAGGCAGAAGACAAACUUGCCAAUCAACAGAAUGGUGCUUUUCUUGUUCGAGACAGUUCUGAUGAACGAUACUUAUUGAGUUUAAGUUUUCGAUCUUAUGGUCGAACUUGGCACACACGCAUUGAACACUGCAACGGAAUGUUUAGCUUUUAUGCUCAGCCUGAAACUGAAGGAUAUCCUUCAAUAGUAGAUUUAAUAGAACACUCCAUGAACGACUCCCAGACUGGGAUUUUCUGUUAUUCCCGAUCAAGGUCCCCUGGUGCUCCAUCAUUCCCUGUGCGGCUCACAAAACCUGUAUCACGUUUCACCCAAGUGCGGUCUCUCCAGUAUUUGUGUCGUUUUGUCAUUCGCCAGUACACACGCUACGACCAUAUUCAGCAGCUUCCUCUUCCAAAGAAAAUAAAAGGAUGGAUUGAAGAGAAUCAGUACUAGGGCAUGCAAAAGCUCUUUGUUUACAACAUAUUAGAUAUAUAAAUGUUCUUUUGAAAACGCAUUAAGAAUUUCCCGGUUGUCAUAUUGUACCACUAUAUGUAAACUUAAAGUUUUAAGUUGUUAGGAGUUUGUCAGUUUGUACAAAACUUGUAAAUACUGUACAUUUGGGUUUUUUAUUUGGAAUUACCUCCUCUUUAUAAAUGAUGGCUCAAUAUUUGCCUUUGAAUAUUUAUUAUAUCAUGCAUUUCAUCAUAUUUAGAUCGUAGAAUGUUUACACUUGUUAAUUUUAUUUGUUGUGAGUGCAUAAUGAAUUUGUCCAAAUCCUGAACAUUUUCUACUUUUGGAUGUGUGACAAAUUUAUAAUUAAUUACUAUUUUAUUGCUUUGCAUUAAGUAAUACAUGUUAUGUAUUUCAUAUUUUUUUCUUCUUGUUGAUACUAGAUGAUCUGAUUUUUAAUAUAUACAGAGGUGAUCAUUUUUUUUAUGCUUUUCUCUGAUAUACAUGUUCCUAGCUCUCAGAUCACAACGAGUACAACAUGAUUGUUAUGGUCUAGUUCAUUGCUAUGAAUCUUUGAUGAAGUAUGUUGAGCUUAGCAUCACAUAUAAAGUAGAGUUAGACAGGGCUAGAAUUAAACACAUUUGUUUGCACUCAUUUCACCAAUUUAAAACAAAAUCCGGGACUUAAAUGGGUUUAUUUCUUAUAUUUUUAUCAAUUUUUUUUUUUUUACUCAUUUCUUCUUUAUUCCAGAAUUGUGCAGGUCUACCAGUUUUUACAUGGCAUUUAAUUAUAGAUAUACAGGAAAGAUAAAUACAAAUUUGCUCAUUUAAUUUAAUCAUGUUAAUGCAGAGUCAAGAGAGGGCAAACAAAGAUAUUUUUUAAAGAUGGCUCAGGACAAGAUCCAUCUUAUGGUAUGAAUUUUAUGAUCAUAUAAAUUUUUCAGUCUGAAGUAAAAUUUUCUUGCAAAUACAUCUAAAGUUGCAUGAAGGUGAGUGAUGUUUUUAUUUUUGUGAAUAUGGGCAUUUUUCUAUAUACAUUGUACUAGUUAUUGUAGUACUAAUGAUACAGUACACAAAAUGGAAAACAAGCUCUCUCACUCCAGUAGACUUUAAUAUAGAUAAUAGAAUGGUUAUUUCUAAUGGGGAUUAGAUAAUAAGAAAUUUAUAUUAGUCAGAAUAUAUAUUAAAGACCAGAAAGAGAUGAGAUGAAUAAUUGUAAGGGUUAUUUCAUGAGUGUAUUGUGUUGUUUAUGCAUUUUUAUGUUGGUACGUCAAGAACUCCAGAUAUUGAGAAGUUGUCAAUGUGGUUGUAUUACAAAGUAAUAUUUAUUUAUUUGCCAUUAAGAACAAAGUGACAUGACAUUGUAUAUGUAUAACAAGGCUGUACGCAUUGGACUUAGAACAUUAUUAGUUUAAUAGGUCCUAAUUUAGUAUAGUAGAAAUACACUGCUUUAUUUCGGUUUAUGUCUAUGCUAAGUGUACUCCAGCAUAAUUCACAUAAGAUCCUUUGAUCUACUCACUUAUUUCACAACACAAGGAUCUUUGGUGAAGUGAAAUAUUAAAAUGGAACAAAUUAAAUGAUCCAAUUUUGAAUUUGGUUUAGUUUACUCUUAUGUGCAAUAUCUUUUACAUAGAGUUCUAUGGUGCUGUAUUUUACCACUUCACAAAUAUUCAGCAAAACAGUAUGUGCAAUAUUGGCAACAGAGUAGGGAAAUCCCCCUUCUGGAUUUUUGAAUAUUUUAAUCACAUUCUACAUUUCACUGAUCAUGCUCCACUGGUUUGUCUUCAGAGAUUGUGGAAUUAUCCUCUUGUUCACACAGUUUUUCUAGACAUGGAAUACAAAGUGUGUAACUGCAAUACUGAAGAGUUAAAAAAAAAAUAUCUGAACUGUAAAGCAUUUCAAAUAAGGUUGUUGGGUUUUUUUUUAAAAGAAUAUACAUUGAGUAGGACAAAAAUCUCUUGAGAUUGCUGAUGAGGCAUUUGAUCGUGGUACUCUUUUUAAAGUUUAAUCAUGAAUUGUGAUGUUGAAUGCUGUCCGUGUCUUAUGUACAUGUUUGUUUACUAGUCAGAUUUCAUUACAGUACUACUAAAUUUUGCAACACACCUUUAGUAUAACUAUAAUUUGUUGUCAACAGACAGUUAGCAAUACAAGUAAUGGAUUGACCACCAAAGGUCUUGCUCAUCCCCCAUGAUCACUGAUUGACCAUCAUAGUGGUGCCAACACAUAACUAUUAGCUUAGUGAAUCUAGGUAUUAGAAUGCUGUGUAUUGUCAUUGUUUUUUAAAACAGUUAUACUGUUAGAUUUUCAUUUUUUACAAUCUAUGAUCUGACAUUUUCAAAAAACCAAGUCAGUUGAUAUUGCCUCUGGGAGCGCUAAGAUCUCAAUUGUAAUGAACACAAAUGCAUAUAUGUGUAUUUUUAGCACAGUGAUGCUUUACUAUUUUGAAGACAUUUAAAUCCUUGACAAAGUACAGUAAAUUUUGCAACAAUAUAUUUUGAAAUGUUUAUUACUGUUUUGUAUUCUGGUUUUAUCUCACUUGAGUCACUGGUUUACAUGAGGUUUUUUUUUUUUUCAAAAUUAAAUCAUUUAUGAACAUGUAUCGCUAUACAGUGACAUGUAUAAGGGUGAGAUCAGAAGUUCAAUGUCCGACAAAAAACUAAAUUCACAUAGUUUUCACCACAAUUUUUAACAAGUAUCCCCCCCCCCCAAAAAAAAACCUAAAUAUGAUGAAUGUUGAAACUAACCGUAAGAACAAAUAAAAAGAAAAACAUACAAGUACACAUCACACUUUGUAUAAUUUUUCUAAUGUUUAUUCACCAAUGAAAAGGUACAUUAAAACUAUUAAAUGUUCAUUAAAAUGUAAUAUGUGGUUUUCAACAAUCGCUUGUAUUUUGUUCAUUUUCCACUAAAGUGUAAUUGAUGUCGGAUGACAGAAUCUAAAGGGAAAUUUUAUCCCCCCUCCCCCUAACUGUUUGAAUUUAGAUUUUUAUCAGACAUCGAUCUUUUGAUCUCGUACCUAAAUUGCUGUCAAGUGACACAACUUUUCACGAAUAUCUCUCCCCAUAUUCAUGAAACGGAGAUGACAAAUCUUUCUUUGACACAAGUGAGCAUUGUGGUAUUUGGUUUUGUUGGUAUACUUUCACUCAUUUGAACUUUACACAAUCUAUCCAGGAUACUGGAUAGAUUGUGUAACAUUAGGAUAUAUAAUUUUAGGUUGUUUGAUGAUGUACCAUAUCACAGAGCUUAUGAUUUUAAAUGGGAAGUAACAAAUAAUAUAUAUGUAUUUUCAUAACUUCUGAUGUUCAUCUGUUAACAUUCACUCAAAUCACCUGUACAGGGACUUAAUGUUUUUCUAUUCAGUCCAGCCCUAGUCUUCAAAAAAUUUCAAAUAAUGCAAAAGUUUAGUGUCAGUUAACCAAAUGUUUAAAAAAAAAAUAAUCCAAGUGUUGUGGGAGUUAAGCAGAUUUUUUAGGGAGGGGUGGGUGGGGUGUCCAGAUUUCCUUUCUUGCUGAGUGUGUACAACUUUCAGUGAUUCCUGGUUUGUGUAGUGUUAUAGACACUGUUGUUUACCAUAAGCUUCUUAAUGUCACUACUUCAUAAUUUAGUUGUGAGAAUUUUAUAAUUAUUGUUAUACAUGUAAGCAUUGCAUUUCAAGAUUUGAAACAGCUGAUUAGGUUGCUAUAAAUAAACUGUGCAAAUUCA